AUGGUUGACAAACUCCUCCAAACGCACUUCGUUGCAGUGCUCCAUGUUGUUGUUGUUGUUUUAGCUGUUCUCUCCUCUUGCAACGUUACUGCAACUCCCAGAGACAAAGGCAUCCCUGACAACGCCAAAUACUUCAACACCAAAAGCCGCUAUGAAGAGGUCAACCCGUAUCUGCAGGACAAUAUUCUGGCCAUAAACAGCUCCGCGGUGAAGCCUCCUGCUCCAACUUGCAUUCCAGUCCACUUCACGGCCAUCAUCAGACACGGCACCAGAUUCCCAACCUCUGGAAACAUCAGGAAGAUCGGCGCAUUCGACAACCUUGUCAAGACUGAGGCGAACGGUGACUUGAGUUUCCUGCCAGAACUCAAGGCAUGGAAGAUGUGGUACACAGAGGACAUGGAUGGGCGCCUUGUGGCCAAAGGCAGAGCAGACCACAGGUAUCUGGCCCAAAGACUGGUCAAGACGUUCCCCUCUCUCCUGACCAAGGAGAAUCUUCUGGGCGGACGGGUCAAGUUCAUCACAAGUUCCAAAAACAGAUGUGUGGACAGCACCCUCGCCUUCCAACAAGGACUGAAGGAGCAUUUUGGUAUUGAAGGUGAGGAACUGGAGUACACAGAGAACAACGCUCUGAUGCGCUUUUAUGACACGUGCGAUCGCCUGUUGGAGACGGUGGUGAACAACAAAGACGCUGUGAUACAGGCCACCCUCUUUAAAGAUGGCCCAGAGAUGAAGAGCGUUCAGAAAAAUUUGGCCGACCUGCUGCAGAUCCCUUACGCCAAUAUUACCAAGGACGUAGUGAAGACAGGAUUCUACCUGUGUGCCUAUGAGUUCACUAUCCUUGGACUGAACUCCCCCUGGUGCCGGCUGUAUGAUAGAGCGGAUGCAGAGAUUGUAGAAUAUGCUUCCGACCUUGAGAUGUAUUAUGAGAAAGGCUACGGCCAUGACAUCAUCGGCCAGGCCAGCUGUGUCCUCUUCCAGGACCUGUUCAACCGCCUUGACACAGCAGCCAAUCAGAUCAGGGCUGGCCAGCCUGUAUCUGAGGUGGUCACAGUGCAGAUCGGUCAUUCUGAAACACUGCUGCCUCUUCUGACCCUGCUGGGCCUCUUUAAGGACAACACCAUUCCUACCUCCACCAACUUUGCCUCUCAGAGCAAGCGUGCUUUCCGUGGCGGGCAGAUCAUGCCUUACCUCGGUAACCUGCUGGCGGCGCUGUACGACUGCCCCGAUGGCUUUAGGCUGCAGUUGCGAGUGAACGAGAAACCGGUGGAAGUCCCGGGCCUCAGUCAAUUCUCUCCUCUGUUUGAGGAUGUUAAAGAACGCUAUCAACAGCAACUGGGCUGGGACCAAGAAACCAUCUGCCAAAUAAACCAGUAAAAAAGCAACAGGGUAACUACAGGCUACACUGAAAAAAGUCAUGUGAUGAAGUUUAAAAAGUUGCACACGGU